AUGCCCUCAUGCCCUCACGCCCUCCUGCACUCAUGCCCUCAUGCCCUCAUGCCCUCAUGCCCUCAUGCCCUCAUGCCCUCAUGCCCUCAUACCCUCAUGCACUCAUGCCCUCAUGCCCUCACGCCCUUAUGCCCUCAUGCCCUCAUGCCCUCAUGCCCUCAUGCCCUCAUGCCCUCAUACACUCAUGCCCUCAUGCCCUCAUGCCCCCAUGCAGUCAUGCCCCUCAUGACCUCAUGCCCUCACGCCCUCAUGCCCUCAUGCCCUCAUGCAGUCAUGCGCUCAUGCCCUCACGCCCUCAUGCCCUCAUGCCCUCAUGCCCUCACGCACUCAUGCCCUCAUGCCCUCAUGCCCUCACGCCCUCAUGCAUUCAUGCUCUCAUGCCCUCAUGCCCUCAUGCACUCAUGCCCUCAUGCCCUCACGCCCUCAUGCACUCAUGCCCUCAUGCCCUCACGCCCGUAUCCCCUCAUGCCCUCAUGCCCUCAUGCCCUCAUGCCCUCAUACACUCAUGCCCUCAUGCCCACAUGCCCUCAUGCCCUCAUGCCCUCAUGCCCUCAUGCCCUCAUGCCGUCAUGCCCUCAUGCCCUCAUGCCGUCAUGCCGUCAUGCCGUCACGCCCUCAUGCCCUCAUGCCCUCAUGCCCUCAUGCACUCAUGCCGUCAUGCCCUCAUGCCAUCAUGCCCUCACGCCCUCAUGCCCUCAUGCCCCCAUGCACUCAUGCCCUCAUGCCCUCACGCCCUCAUGCCCUCAUGCCCUCAUGCCCUCACGCCCUCAUGCCCUAAUGCCCUCAUGCCCUCACGCCCUCAUGCCCUCAUGCCCUCAUGCACUCAUGCACUCAUGCCCUCACGCCCUCAUGCCCUCAUGCCCUCAUGCCCUCACGCCCUCAUGCCCUAAUGGCCUCAUGCCCUCACGCCCUCAUGCCCUCAUGCCCUCAUGCACUCAUGCACUCAUGCCCUCAUACACUCAUGCCCUCAUGCCCUCACGCCCUCAUGCCCUCACGCCCCCUUAUCCUGACGCCCUUAUGCCCUCAUGCCCUCAUGCCUUCAUGCCCUCAUGCCCUCACGCCCUCACGCCCUCAUGCCCUCAUGCCCUCACGCCCUCACGCCCUCAUGCCCUCAUGCCCUCAUGCCCUCGUGCCCUCAUGCCUCAUGCCCUCAUGACCUCACCCCCUCAUGCCCCCAUGCCCUCAUGCCCUCAUGCACUCAUGCCCUCAUGCCCUCAUGCCCUCAGGCCCUCACGCCCUCAUGCCCUCAUGCUCUCUGGCCCUCAUGCCCUCAUGCCCUCACGCCCUCAUGCAUUCAUGCUCUCAUGCCCUCAUGCCCUCAUGCACUCAUGCCCUCAUGCCCUCACGCCCUCAUGCAUUCAUGCCCUCAUGCCCUCACGCCCUUAUGCCCUCAUGCCCUCAUGCCCUCAUGCCCUCAUACACUCAUGCCCUCAUGCCCUCACGCCCUCAUGCCCUCAUGCCCUCAUGCCCUCAUGCCCUCAUGCCCUCAUGCCCUCAUGCCCUCAUACCCUCAUGCCCUCAUGCCCUCACACCCUCACGCCCUCAUGCCCUCAUGCCUCCAUGCCCCCAUGCCCUCAUGCCCUCAUGCCCUCAUGCCCUCAUGCCCUCAUGCCCUCACGCCCUCACGCCCUCAUGCCCUCAUGCCCUCAUGCCCUCAUGCCCUCAUGCCCUCAUGUUCUCAUGCCCUCAUGCCCUCAUGCCCUCAUGCCCUCAUUCCCUUGUGCGCUCAUGCCCUCAUGCCCUCAUGCCCUCAUGCCCUUAUGCCCUCAUGCCCUCAUGCUCUCAGGCCCUCACGCCCUCUAUCCUUCAUGCUCUCAUGCCCUCAUUCCCUCAUGCCCUCAUGCCCUCAUGCACUCAUGCCCUCAUGCCCUCAUGCCCUCAUGCCCUCAUGCCCUCAUGCCCUCAUACCCUCAGGCCCUCAUGCCCUCAUGCCCUCAUGCCCUCAUGCCCUCAUGCCCUCACGCCCUCAUGCCUUCAUGCCCUCAUGCACUCAUGCACUCAUGCGCUCAUGCACUCAUGCCCUCAUGCCCUCACGCGCUCAUGCACUCAUGCACUCAUGCCCUCAUGCCCUCACGCCCUCAUGCACACAUGCACUCAUGCCCUCACGCCCUCAUGCCCUAA